CUUUAUUUUUGUCUGUUUUGAUUUAUUCAAUUUAAAAGCAAAAAAUAAAUAGAAGUGUACGUACAUGAGGAGAAAAUAGUUGUGCGUAAAUCACUUCCAUCGUUCUUUAUUAUUCGAGCUUGGUAUUUUGGUAUUUAUACGCUAGGGCUUGGAUUACUUAUUCAGUACUUCUAUGUUCUAAACAAAUCAGCAAAAUUCUCUCACAAAAAAGGGUACUAAAAAAGAAAUAUAUCUCGUCAAUAGAAUCCCCCACCAAAUAUCAUGUCACAAUAAAAACCCAAUUUUAUAGAAUAACGGUCAUCAUACUCUUCCACCCCCACCCCUAAUGAAAGUGUCUUAGAAGCAAUUACUUAUUUGAUCACUUGGAUCCUAAGUAAUCAAGGAAAAAAAAAAUGAAAACUUGCCUGAAUUAUUCUUUCAUUCUCGUUGCAAAAUCUUCCACAUUCAAUCAACCUAGAUUUGGACUUCAAUGUCUUCUGAAACCCUAGAUUGUUUUGGUUCUUACUCAAUCAACCUAGAUUUGGACUUUAAUGUCUUCUGAAACCAUAGAUUGUCUUGGUUCUCACUCUUUAAAUUCAAAGGCUGUACUUCUUUUGCUCACUUUUUUCUCAAAACCACAAUUCGGAGGGUUCUUCGAGCACCUGUGUGAAGUGUGAACAAUGUUGGCUCCGCAAAAUGCGCCAAAGAAGGAAGAUUUUUCCCUCAAGGAGAUUAAGCCAAAAAUCACUGGCAAGGCAGCCAAUACGUCAGGCCCGUCGACCACCUUCGACUUGGUGGAGCAAAUGCAGUAUCUGUAUGUGAAGUUUGAGAAAGUCAGAGGUUUGCCGCCAGCAUGUCACCCGUACAUUGAAGUGAACAUUGGGAACUACAAGGCAACCACACAGCACUUGGAGAACAAUAACCAAGUGUUUGCUUUCAAAAGAGACAAACUUCAGAGCAACAAAGUGGAUAUUUUGGUGAAGGACAAGGCUGCUGUGGUUGGAGAUGGAACCAUUGGCAAGUUUGAUUUCGCUGUUAACGAAGCUCAAAUAAGAAUUCUUCCUAACAGUCCAUUCGCGUCGCAGUGGGUUAGGCUGAAGGACGAAAAGGAGUUAAAAGGAGCAGAAUUGUUGCUUGCCUAUUGGAUGGGGGCACAGGCUGAUGGUGCAUUUAACGAACCUUAUUAUGCUGACACGGCCUCAGUAGUAAGCGGUUAUGGUGUUUCGGAAACUCAUCCCAAAAUGUAUGACUUUUAUUAUAAGCUUUGGUACCUUAGAGUUAAUGUGAUUCAAGCUGAAGAUCUGGUGUUCAGAGACAUGAAUAACGGAAAGCCACGGGAGAUUUUCGUGAAAGCUAGUGUUGGGAGGUGGGUGUUGAGAACUAAGGCUUCGCAAACUAAGACCGAUAACCCUAUGUGGAAUGAAGAUUUAAUGUUUGUUGUGGCAGAAAAGUUUGAGGACGAUUUGAUUGUGAGCGUGGAGGAGAAGGUGGAUAAUAUGGGAGGAAGUUUCACGUUAGGUAGUUGCAAGAUUCCUUUAGCGAAUGUCGCAAAGAGGAAUAAUGCUGCAGCGGCCACUGCUGUGAAAUAUAACCUUGAGAUGAUGGAAAAACUGGAGGGGAAGGUGAAGUUUGCUAGUAAGAUUCAGAUGAGGGUCUCUUUGGAUGGCGGAUACCAUGUUCUUGAUGAGCCUGCUCACUCUAUUAGUGAUUAUAGGCCAUCAGCAAAGGCAUUGUGGAAGCCGAAAAUUGGGGUUCUAGAACUGGGAAUCAUAAGCGCUUCUACACUGAAACCAGUGCGGCCUAAGAAUCGCGUUGAUGCGUACUGCGUGGCUAAAUAUGGUCCGAAGUGGGUGAAAACAAGGACGGUUGUUGAUAGCCGUGAUCCAAAGUGGAAUGAACAAUACAAUUGGGAUGUCUAUGAUGCAUGUACUGUCAUAACUGUUGCAGUUUUCGACAACAAUCAUUUGGAAAGCUGGGAUAAAUCCGGCGGGGCUAUGGAUUUACCUAUUGGGAAGGUAAAGAUUCGGCUAUCAACUCUCGAAGCUGGUAAGAUAUACAAAAACUCUUUUCCGCUAAUGGUUCUGCAGCCUUCUGGGUUGGACAAGAAGGGUGAACUCCAAUUAGUGGUGAGAUUUUCGGUUGACAGUAUGCUUAACACGCUGUGGACCUAUACGCAGCCUCUGAUGCCGAAAAUGCAUUACCUUCAGCCACUCUCUGUGGAUCAGAUGUCUAUAUUAUUGCAACAGGCGGCUGAUGCUAUUGCGUUGAAGUUGAGCAAGUCUGAGCCACCCAUAAGGAGAGAGGUCGUGGAUUAUGUGUUGGAUGUGAAGGCCCGUUCGUGGAGCCUUCGAAGAGCCAGAGUCAACUUCGAGAGGAUCGUCAAAGUUUUGGAUGUUUUCUUUUGGCUCAUCAAAAAGUUCGAUCAAGCACGCAGUUGGACUAACCUGUGGAUAUCCAUACCGGUUCUCGUUGCGUUCACUAUCUUGGUUGUUUGGCCUCAGACGCUUAUCUAUUCUCUAAUCGGAGCAUUGGUCUACUGCGUUUUCGUAGGGAUUCGAAGUUACCCCAAUAGGCCUAAACAAAUUCCUCACAUAAACACCGAAUUGUCUCAUCUCCAUACAGCUCUUCCAGAUGUUCUGGAUGAAGAGUUGGAUCCGUUUCCAACAAGAAGGACCGACGUCGAGACUCUGAGAAGAAGAUAUGAUCGGCUUCGAAGUAUUGGAUUGAAUAUCCAGACACUGCUCGGUGACAUAGCAACUCAAGGGGAGAGGGUGCAAUCUUUGCUUAGUUGGAGGGAUCCAAGAGCCACAUCUAUGUUUGUUAUCUCCUGUGUCAUUGCUGUCUUCAUACUUUCCGUCGUUCGUUUUGAUGCUAUUGUUUUUCUUGCCGGAGGGUACGUGUUAUUGCCUCCAAUUUUCCGGACCAGAUUCCCGGUAUACCCCCAGAACUUGCUCAGAAGGAUGCCGGCGAAGACGGAUGUCUUUGUGUGAGGAGCUUGAGACGGAAAACUUCCGAGCCUACUUUGCAGACAAUUGUUCCAAUUUCUUGCUUGGUUUUUGUUUCAUAUCUAUAUUUCUUUCAUGUGGUAA